UCUACAUCCAAUGGCCACCCCUUUCAUCGUUGGUGUGGGCGCAAUUGCAGCUGCCGUUGUUGGCAGACAACUCCUUCGCAAGGUAGGCGCGGCCGCCGGCGAGCAAUGGGUGAAGGGCGGCUUCAAGGCAAAAAUGGAUCGAAGGGAAGCAAUAGCAAUCCUUGGUCUGAGAGACACACCUCAGCUCAAGACAAGAUUGAAGGAUGCUCACCGUCAAAUAAUGCUCGCAAACCACCCAGAUCGUGGUGGUUCACCAUACCUCGCGAGUAAAAUCAACGAGGCCAAGGAUUUGUUGGAGAAACAAGAGAGGAGAUGAUAUCCUAUUUCUAUCCUGAUGAUAUAUCUGUACAAUACCCAUAAUAUCAGCUUCCUCUACCGCAAGCUGUGAUCAUCUUAUGUUAUGCUUGCCUCCCCGGUCUUCCACUUGAACGAUGCCGC